ACUGUCAGCUGACCACAUGCAGCAGGAAGGAGUAGUUGUAAACAUGGCUCUCAUGAAAAGUUAGAAGUUAUGUUUGACAUUUUCCACGUGAUAUUUCCUUUUAGUGAUCGCCUUGUUUUUCUCCUCUCCCUCAAAAUAAUUCAACUAAAAGGACCUCAAAGGGUUAGGUAGACCAACUAAUCCCAAACAGGCUAGAAAGAAGAACUUCUGUUCAGAUCAGAUGACUUCUACGCCUUCUACUGUCCUCCAAAAUACUGGAGUUCAGAUGCCUCUUGUGGGUUUGGGGACCUACAAGUUGGUGGGUGCUGAAGAUGUGUACCGGGCUGUGGACGCAGCGCUGGUUGCUGGUUAUCGGUCCUUUGACAGUGCAGCUGUUUACCGGAAUGAAGCUGACAUGGGACGAGCCCUGAAGGAGCUCCUGCCCAAACAUGGCUUAACCAGAGAGGAUGUAUUCAUCACCAGUAAGCUGGGCCCCAAAGAUCAGGGUGAGAGAGCCAUGGAAGGAGCCCUCCACAGCCUGUCUCAGCUGGACUUGGGUUACAUUGACCUCUACCUGAUCCACUGGCCUGGCACACAGGGUCUGGUAGUGACUGACCAACGCAACCCAGGUAAUCGAGCUCAGAGUUGGGCUGCACUGGAGGAGCUGCAUGCCCAGGGGAAGCUGAAGGCCAUCGGAGUGUCCAACUACACACCAGCACACAUGAGAGAGCUGAUGCAGAGCUGCAAAACCCCUCCUGCACUGCUCCAGGUUGAGUUUCACCCAAAGCUGUGCCAGACAGAGCUGAGGAGUGUGUGUGAGGAGUAUGGAGUGUGUUUCCAAGCGUACUCCUCCUUAGGGAAAGGAGAGCUGGUCACUGAUCCUGUGGUCAUGGAGGUGGCAAAGAACUGUGAACGUACAACUGCACAGGUCCUGUUGCGCUGGGCUGUGCAGCAGGGCAUUCCAGUGCUUCCAAAGUCUUCAAAUCCAGACAGAAUAAAGGACAAUGCCAGGCUUUUUGACUUCACACUGAGUGACACAGACAUGGACAGACUGUCAGCUUUGGACUGUGGACACAAGUAUUGCUGGGAUCCAUCAGAAGUGUCUUGACCGCCCACAAAUGGAACAACAAAUGCUGCCUCUGUAGUGCUGCUGCUCUUUAGCUCUGACUGGCAGUGAUGCAACGGUGGGAAAUCAACACUAGGAAAAGUGGGACUUUGGAGUUUAUACACACAGCUUAGUUACAUAACAAUGUAUUUAUUUAGGUAGUCAUGUGUCCUGAGAUAUCUGAGAGUUCAGGUACAAUCUUGGACAACACUGGCCAAUAAAUUAUUCUGUUUAUUCUGAUCCAUGUGCCAUAAAAUGCUGAGAUCCUUUUCAGGCACGCCGCACGACCUAUGUAUAAGUGUGUUGAAUACAAGAAAAAAAGAUUAAAUGUGGCAAUAUCUUAUGAUUGGUUUCAUAUAUUCUGUUGCCUCAUACUGACAUAUUAUGGCUUUUGUGUUUCUAUUUGCAUUGUCUAUGAAUUAUAAUAAAUUUGCAAUAAAAAUAAUUACACAAGAGACUCCCUUUAUCUUAACAUGAUUAAUUCAGUAUUGAAUGUACCAGAAGUUC